UCUUAGAUUGAAACUCUGCAACUCCAUCAAAACUUGCAGUUUGGUUUUUGGUGCCACUCCCUACCCUCGUAUGGUAUGAUCUGAUCACAAAAACAUUCAGAUCCCUCACAAAAUUUUAGAAAGAGAGACCUAGAUGAAUAUGCUGAUAUGAUCUGAUCACAAAAACAACAUUCAGAUCCCUCACAAAAGGUUAGAGAGAGAGAGAGCUAUGAAUACGCAGAAGAACAAGAAGCAGAAACAUGGUGGAGGAGGAGGGCAGAGGAUGGUGAAAGUGGCAAUGGGGUUGAUGGGAGUGUGCUUGGCUGGCUACAUAAUUGUACCACCUUUGUAUUGGCACAUCUCCGAGGCUUUAGCCUCCCUACGCCGAUCCUCUUGCCCUCCUUGCCUCUGUGAUUGCUCUUCCCAACCCUUUCUCUCCCUCUCCGAAGGAUUAAACAACUCCAUCUUUACAGAUUGCAUGAAGCUUGAUCCUGAGGUGAACGAAGAAUCAGAUAAGAGUUUUACAGCAAUGUUAACGGAGGAAAUGAAGUUGAAAGAAGCUGAAGCUUUGGAAAACCAAAGGCGUGCUGACAUGGCAUUAUUAGAGGCUAAAAAAAUGGCGUCACAGUAUCAGAAGGAGGCGGACAAGUGCAAUUCUGGGAUGGAGACUUGCGAAGAAGCGAGGGAGAGGUCUGAAGCGACACUAAAAGCACAGAAGGAACUUACUGAGAUGUGGGAGCUCAGGGCUCGUCAAAAAGGAUGGAAAGAAGGGACCAUUAAGUCUCGGCUUAGGUCUUCGAAUGGGAAAAGGAUGGUAAUUGAUAAUAUGUAGGAGAUUUCCAACAAUUUUGAAAUUAGAUUUCAAUCUGGAAUAGGAAAUUUUGGUAGGUUCAUGCAUUUGCAAAGCUUUGGUUUUGCCUUCUCAACUACAUGUUAGUUAGAGGUAAAACCAAUGGAUUUUUUUUGGUCACCCUGUUUUUAUUCGUUCAUUUGUUUGUUUGUUUCUCACUCCAUUUAACCAAGUGUAGUUAUUAAAAUUUGAAAAAAAAUUUCACUCCUUGAUUGCUUGUCUCUGUAAAAUAGCUAUAUUCCCUGCUCGUUGCAAGGGUAAAUUGCAUUUUCUUUUACCUCUGUAAUUUGAUCUAAAUUCUAUUUUGAUCCCUAUUAUUUUAAUUUUGUACUUUCAUUUAAA